UCAGCAUAAUCCCGGGCAGAGCGGCUAAUGGUGACGGAGCAGGUGUGCAGGUGGCAGGGGGACUAUUGGCUGACAGUUUCAGUGCAGGAGGAGUUUACAGGCAGUAGGUGGCGCUAAGGUUUUCCCAAACUGUCAGGCUUCCCAUUCCCGUAGUAGCGGCGUGGGCUCGGGUGCAGCUGGGGGUCCCGCUCCUUUUCAUGUGCUGGUGCCCAAGGGGCGUUUGAAGCCUCCCCGGCAGUGAGCGGGUGGCCCUUCCCCAUGAUCUUCUCCUCCAGCAGAGCAGCGCAGCGCAAUCUCACCCCGCGGGGCUAUGUCACUGGAGCUGUGGCCGGACCAUGAGGCGAGUGGCUGACCGGCUGCUCUUGUCCCUGGCAGGACUGCUCUGGAUCGCUCUGCUCAUCUUCUUCUUCUUGGGGGGCAGAAGCAAGUUGGAAGCGGAGGAAUCUGAAGGGGAUCCGGCCAAGGAGGGAGACGUAGACUGGGAUGAUCUAUGGGACCAGUUUGACGAGAGAAGAUAUUUAAAUGCCCAGAAAUGGAGACCCGGGGAAGAUCCCUACAGGCUUUAUGCUUUCAACCAGCGGGAAAGCGAGAGGAUCCCCAGCGAUCGCGCCAUUAAGGACACCAGACACUACAGAUGUAUAGAAUUGCACUACCAAUCUGAUCUUCCACCUACUAGUGUUAUAAUUACCUUUCACAAUGAAGCAAGAUCCACACUCCUGAGAACCAUUAGGAGUGUACUAAACCGAACACCUAUGCACCUUAUCCGUGAAAUCCUACUAGUCGACGACUUCAGUGAUAACUUGGAGGACUGCCGGCUGCUGAGCAAGUUGCCCAAAGUGAGAUGCCUGCGCAAUGAGCAAAGAGAAGCAGGUCUGAUCCGAUCUCGGGUAAGGGGGGCUGAUGUCGCUCAGGCUACAGUGCUCACAUUCCUAGACAGUCACUGUGAAGUAAAUAAGGACUGGCUCCCACCUCUGCUGCAGAGAAUCAAGGAGGAUCCGACUCGUGUGGUCAGUCCAGUGAUAGAUAUAAUAAAUUUGGACACAUUCGCUUAUAUCGCAGCUUCUUCUGAUCUGAGAGGGGGUUUCGACUGGAGUUUGCACUUCAAGUGGGAGCAGCUUUCAAUGGAACAAAAAGCAAAACGAUUGGACCCCACGGAGCCCAUUAAGACUCCUGUUAUAGCCGGCGGCCUUUUUGUUAUUGAAAAGUCUUGGUUCAAUCACCUGGGCAAGUACGACACGGCCAUGGACAUCUGGGGUGGAGAGAACUUUGAGAUCUCAUUCCGCGUGUGGAUGUGCGGCGGCAGCCUGGAAAUAAUACCCUGCAGCCGAGUGGGACACGUGUUCCGGAAGAAACAUCCCUAUGUCUUUCCAGAUGGCAACGCCAACACUUACAUUAAAAACACCAAGCGCACGGCUGAAGUUUGGAUGGAUGAAUUCAAAAACCAUUAUUAUGCAGCCCGGCCGGCCGCUCAAGGGAGACCAUAUGGAGACAUCCAGAAGCGCUUGUUACUCAGGAGGACGCUGAAGUGUCGCUCGUUCAAAUGGUACUUGGAGAAUGUGUAUCCGGAGCUCCAGAUCCCAGCUGAAUCCUUAACCAAAUCAGGAAUAAUCAGACAGAGGCAGAGAUGCAUCGAGUCUCAGAAGUCAGAAGGUUCGGACCCCCCGUCUCUCAAUUUAGUCCCGUGCAGCAGCCUUAAAGGGGUUUCAUCACAAUCUCAGGAAUGGGUAUAUACUCAGGUUCAGCAGAUCAGCCAGGGGCAGCUCUGCAUGUCAGUGCACACCUUAUUCCCAGGGACACAAGUCGUACUCUUGCCCUGCAAGGAAGGAGAUGGGAAACAGAGAUGGAGCAAAGUGGGUUCCCAUAUUGAGCACAUGGCAUCUCGCUUCUGCCUGGAUACAGAUAUUAUAGGAGACACGGAGGAAAGCAGAGAAAUUGUGAUCAACCCGUGUGAGACCAUGGCCAUCAGUCAGCGCUGGGAGAUGGUGCUCCACGAUUUAAACUGAGAAGACCAAUACGAACGGGAACCUCAAGAACCCAAAAGCUUACAAUUCAAGGCAAACGCAGGCAUCGGGGGAAAAGAAGGUGGAUCCAAAAUGGAAGCAGUAGAUAAAAUAAUCAAUGACCAAUUCCGGGUCAGACGCUUUCUGGGUUCUGGUGAUAUUCCCAUGCCACUGAUCCAAUGAAAAGAGGAUUAAUAUGUCUCCGUGCGGCGGAACAGAAGCACAUGAUUAGUGGGAGCCGACAUCAGCACAAAGGGUUAAAGGGUUCUAUGCUCAUUUAUUGCCCGUUUUUACCCACGUCAUUCCCAGAAUUUAGCUACUUUUCUAAUCUAUAGUUUCUGUAGCCAGAAGUCUGUAGUUUACUUUGAAACCCUUUGAAUAUAAGCACCAGACCAAGCUGGGCAGACUCACUUUCAGGCGAUAUUAGAAGGACUAGUAACAACCACAAAUAGAGGUUUCCGAUGGCUUGGCACUUAUUUCUCUCCUGUAUACAUUAACAUGUUUCCUGUGCCAUUCUUAAUCUUACGGCAGCAAAGUGAGCCUGCCCAGCUUUGGGAAUGGAAUUCAUAGCAUUAGUGGGGCUAAGGCAAAACCUUCCUAUUUCUAAUACUCGUUUUUCCAUUGAACUAAAUAAAUAUAUAUUUUCCUUGAUUAUGAAGAUAUAGAUGAUUAUACUAUGAAGAGAAUGGGGACAAUGCUGAACUGUGAUCUUGAUUGGCUGUAGUAACUCAAUGCACUAAUGUUUCAGAGGGAAUGGGGGGGUUGCAGACUUUAUAAUUCUGGAUUUACCAAAGUUUUAUUAAACUGUUGAAGAAAUAAAAAUGCUUUAAAGAUUUGUUCUGCUAAACUCUAAAAAUAAAGAUACUUUUUUUUUUUUUUU